UUGGUUUAUGUGAUCCUAUAUGAAUCACGUCGAUAAAUGUAUGUUCGUAAAUGUAAAUGUAUAAAUGUAUAAUUUUCUGUUUCAAUUUGAUUUAAAACAAAAAUGGCAUUUUAUUAACUUUAAUAUUAUAUUGCUUCGAAGCGAUCGGUUUUUGAGUAUGAUGACUUAUCACGCAUUUGUUGUGAUAACGGCAAGUCACCCUAUCAAUAUAUACUUUGAAAAACAAUUGAUCGUUUACUGUAAUUUCAUUUUAGCGAACACCGAUUCCUUGGAAAUAUACACUUUAAAAAAAAAUUGCUCGUUUACUGUAAUUUCAUAGUAAUUUUAGCGAACACCAAUUCCUUGGAAUUUCCUAUUCAAAGUUGAUGUUUACAAAUAAUUCAUCUGCCGUUUUCAUGUGUAGGUGGUUUUUGAUCCCACGUAUGAUGUAUUUUUCGUUGGGCGUGCACUAAAUGAUUGAAAUAUUUCAACAACUUUAGAAACAUUUCCAUUAUUUGACCGGUACUGAGUAAAAGAGAGCCAAACAGAGUAAAGGCCGAGUUAGGGAGCUUUUUCGAAUAUUUCCAAGCAGCUUCAUGGGCAAGGCCUGUAAGACCGAGCUCGUUCGCAAAAGAGAAGAGACAACGACGACGACGGCAGACAUCUUUGUUUCUUGCGGACGAGUUUAGUUUCAAAUUUUUGCAUUUUUGCACCUUCCUGAAAGUGUUUUGCAGUGCUAAAGUGCGCUCAGUGGGUGAUUUUGAUUGGGGAAAGUCAAUAGCGUUGGUUAUUGGAAGUGCAAAGACGCGUAAAAAGUGAAAAUAAGUAGGGUAGAAAAGUGUAAAUUUCUUUCAAGUGUAUUGAAGCAGAAAGUGGACUAAGGUAGUUGCCUUUACACGAAGGGGUGAAACGGGAGCGUGCGGCGGAAAUUUUUCGCAGGUUUCUGGCUAAAAGAGAAUUUGUACGUAUGCGUCUUGAUAUAUAUGAGUUGAUAGAAGAGAGGCAGCAGCAAACAUCAACAAAAGCAGACUAGGUGUUCAGAGCGAAUCAACAAAGGGAAGCGCAGGGAGCGCAGCAGCUGCCGCUUCUAUUUCGGACGGAGCUGGAAGCAAACUGGGUUGAAAACGAGAAAUGUCCUCCCAUCAGGAUAUAAUGUGUGAGGUGGAAAUAUCAGAUUCCAACAUAGUGGAGGUAGUGGACGAUGGUCACUUUGGAUCGGCAAUCGGAUAUGAGCAGUACGAGGUAGGAGUUGGAGAUGACCAAUACGAAGAGGUGACUUGUGAAACAGAAGAUUCUCAGGGAUUGAUGAUGCAUCACAUAGAGGAUGACGAGGAGAUCCUUCACCAAGAGGCCGAUAUACAAGCUCACGAGGAAGUGCUGGACUCGUCCGGUGAUCCAAUGUGCGUAUACGGAGACAUCAAUUUGGAAAACGAAAUCUAUAUAGAAUCAACACCUGGCCCAAGUUCAAGAAAACGAAAAUCAGGAAUGAAACAGCCACGUAUAGUCAACCGGAUCAGAACUAACGAUAUUCACAAUUUGACUGCUGUUGAAACAUUGGAUGUCAAUCAAAAGCCUCGACGCUGGGAACAGAAACAAGUACAAAUCAAAACGAUGGAGGGUGAGUUCAGCGUUACAAUGUGGGCGUCUGGAACCGAUGACGACGAUGGUUCCAAUCCGGAACCUGACCCGGAUUACACAGAGUAUAUGACUGGCAAAAAGAUAACUCAGGAUUGCGUCCCAGGUAUUGAUCUGUCCGAUCCUAAGCAACUGGCAGAAUUCGCAAGACCCUUUCAUAAAACUAAACUUAACAAAUUGUUUAAUGCUUCAACGUCGACAGGAAUGUCUUCAAAAGCAGGUGCCACCGGAGGAGAGUCAUCCGAUCGAAAUAUUGCAUGUCCCCACAAAGGAUGCAACAAAAUGUUUCGGGAUAACUCAGCUAUGCGAAAACAUCUUCACACGCACGGUCCGCGGGUGCACGUUUGUGCCGAAUGUGGAAAAUCGUUUGUCGAAAGCUCGAAAUUAAAACGUCACCAGCUGGUCCACACUGGCGAAAAACCAUUCCAGUGUACCUUCGAGGGCUGUGGAAAACGUUUUUCGUUGGAUUUCAAUCUCCGAACUCACGUAAGGAUACAUACCGGUGAUCGGCCAUACGUUUGUCCUUUCGACGGUUGCAACAAGAAGUUCGCUCAAUCCACCAAUCUCAAGUCCCACAUCUUGACACACGCCAAGGCAAAACGGAACAACAGCGGUAGUGGUGGCGGAGGUAGUCGGAACAAUAAUGUGAUGACCAUUCUCCCGCCGCAGUCGUUUGUGAAGAUGGAAACGGUUGAAAUCGAUAACGAUUCGCAGUACAUAGUUUACACCGAUUAGGACGUCGGUACAGAAUUUACAGAACACAUCUCAGGAGGAGACCGAUAAUGAAUAGACCGAGCCAGUGUGCGAAUUAGUAAGCGCAAUGGUCUAUUUGUACAUUAAAAAUAUUUAUCCCCCCUGCAGGGAGGGGAUUCAGACGAUUCUUAACAUUUCUUUCGUUUCACAAUGGUGGAAUUGUACGAUAUGAGAUAGAACUAAUAGAAUUAGGCGAAAGUUUCGCGCAGUUCGAAGCAGGAAUUACGAAUGAAUGUGGGGAAACUUUCCGUUCUAUUUUAAAUUUUAUUCACUGUAAAUAGCUUGAAAAGUCACCUUCAAAGUUGGUUGUAUUUAAAAAAACCUUUCUUGCAGUUUUUUUUCCCAAUGGUCUCCCAACUUAUCUUGAUUUAGAGAUAACUUUGCAUUAGAGAUUAGUCUUAUUUUGUUCUUUUUAUAUCAGCAGCGAUUGAUAGCGAGAGCUUGGUUAGGAGAGAAAGUAGACAAAGAAUUAUGAGAGUACGAGAAAUAAAUAUCUGUCUAUUAUAUUUUUAAAAUAACACAAAAAAGGAAAACAACCUCUAAGCAGUAGUGUAUAUUAAAUUUUCGCGAAUUGGAAGAAUGAGUCCAAUUUUGGUAUUUUGUGAAUGAGCACAGCGUGAAUUAGGUGUGCAAUUCCGGUAGAACACAGGUGCAUUAUAGGGCAACUUUUCAAGAAGUGUAUCAGAUGCAUUCUUCUAAUAAAAGAAAAUAUAAUGGAAAAUAGUUUCGUUUGGAAGCAUCAGACAGUUGCAAGCCAUGCAAGAAAGAAACAAUAACAUCUAGAAGCAAAUUUUACACCUUUCUUCGUUGCCUAUUGAACUUGUUCUUCAGUUCUACGUUCUGAAAUUGUACUCGACCGAGAUCAAUAUAACAUGUUUUGUGCAGUGUUCCUUCUGUCAUGCUAUUAGAACUUAUACGAACGUAGCUGCGGCUCACGAAAGCCAAGAAUUAUGAGAAGCAUCAGUUCAGCAUGAUCAUACAAAAGUGCGUGAAAGCGAAUGUCGUGAUUAUUAGUCUGUAAGAACAAUUUCUACUCUUAAUUAAGGUGGUUUAUUUUAAACAAUAAAAAUUGAGGAACAACAAUAUCUGCAGACAAAAAAGCGCAAUUGAUUUAUUAUUGAUUGUAAACAGGAAAGAAAAAAUAUUCUACGGAAAAAUACCCGGUUAAAUGAAACAUUAGCGGUAUGAAUUAAGCUACUAUCCUUACACAACUGUAGUUAAAAGUUAAGGAUAAUAUGAAAAAAAUGUGGAAAAAUAAACAAAAAAUACCAAA